AUGUCUUCUGGCGAGAAGGAACGGGAUGCACUCGAGACUGGCGUGCCGGAGUCGGGUGCCGCGGAGGAGCGCGACGUGAAGCGAGGUGCGGGAAGCAGCAAUGGUGGUGAGGCGGCAACGGCGGCGCCAACAUCACAGCAGCAACAGCAGCAACCGUCGGGCGAUGGCGGCCCAUCGGAGGAAGAGGGUCGGGACCACAGGUCGGCGACUAUCGCUCAUAUCCAGCAGAACUUUGGUGUCAUGGCCCGUGUGUUAGAACGGGAGGUGUUCCGACGAGGGUUGAUAAAUAGUAGUGUGGAGGAGAUGUACUCAGUUUUUUCUAUGAAAAGUACUGCUCUACUCGAGUUUCUUAUAACCGAAACGGAUCAGCAUGCUUUGCACGCGCAGAUUUUGGAAAUGUUGCUGACGAUCCUGGAGCCUACGUACGGCAUUGAGCAUGCACGAAUGCUGGUGGCCAUAAUGGAUCAGUCUGUCGCUGACUUGUACUUGUUCCAGGCGCUACUCUCAACAUCCUCACUGGACACUUUGGUUCAGAGAGCGGAGGAGUUCAUGGACCCCCCGACACGGUCCGUCGGGUCAGGCAUGAGCGGUGGUAUCCCUGGGAACUAUAGUGGUGUGCCAAGUGAGAAUGUGCGUGGCGUGCAGCCGACAUACAACAAUGCGUCGGCGCCUGUGCGCUCCUCCUACGCGGAGUUCGGCAAGGACCGGCGUGUGGAGCCAGCAAUGGAGCCAAACAUACCUCGUGGAGCCAAUACCUACACCGAAGGUGGUGGCGUUCCAACCCCCAGUCAACCAGAGGAUGAGCCGAUGCCAGCAGUUACCUCGGGUUGGGCAAAUGUGCAGCGAAAGCAUGUCGAGCAUGACCGUGAGGUGCCUGUUCAUCAUUACCAGCAGCAGCAGCAGCAGCAGCAUCAGCAGCCACAGCCACAGCCACAACACUUACAACAUCGAGUCCCUUUUAAUCCAUUCCUUCAUCAGCAACGGCAACAGCCUCCAAACGUAGCUCAUCAUCACCAGGUGGUUGUAGGAACGGGUCCGAUGGGAUUACAGCAGCAGCAACAGCAACAGCAACUCCAGCAACAGCAACCGGAGAACCAUCAACCGGAUUCUUUCCCACGUGCACCGGUGGUACAGGGGCCGCAGAAGAGGAUGAUGGAUCGCGUGUCCCCUGGCACGCAAGAGUCCGAGGACGCACAUCUGCGAGGAGCAAUGUGGCGGGGCCCCCUUCCUCCACCGGGUGCCCAGCACGACGCCGUAACGGUACCGCAGCCCUCAUAUCACCCCCAAAACCAAUCGUCACCGCCUACGCUACACCCAAACCAGCAUCAGCUUGCCACUCCUAAUUCCCCAACGCAUUCAAGAUUUCUGCUGCAUCACCGUCACGUCACCGCGCAUUUUGCACCACCGGUUUCCAUGGGAAAACAAGCAUCGCCGCAACCUGCAAUGCAGUUGUCCCCACAGCUGACCCCACAGCCUGUGACGACGAAAACAGCGGCAGCGGCAACGGCAACGGCAGCUGUGUCAAUUUCCAACCCGCAGCGGGUGAUGGUUCCCCAUCAUCAUCAUCAUCAUCAUCAUCAUCAUGAUAUUCCGCCCCCACAUCUUAUGAUGCCCAGAGUCUCGCCCCCAUCGCAAACCACCAAGUCUGUCGCGAAGCCGGAACCUGUGAACUCAUCUGAGACAACGCCUGUGGUCCACAAUGCAGAGGCUGCUGUGCCACAGCUGAAGCCGCAUCAUUUUCAUCAUAUUCCUUCUAUCCAAAAGGUUGUGCGCCAGCCUCCACCUAAUGUGAGCAUGUCAGCAUCAGUGGGUGUUGGCGGUGCUGGCGCUGCUGGCGGUGGGUUUAGUGGUGGAGGGAGUGAGGCGCCUUCUCAUGGGAUUAUGAUUCCCACGCACCAUCAUAUGCUACAUCACUUUCAGCAGAUCAGACCGGUGGUCCAGCCGCAGCAGCAACAGUAUCGACAAUCUCCUUCGUCCGCCCCAGGCCCGAUGUCUAUCGACGCGCUUAGCAAUGAAGAAAUGAACUGGGCCUCGUCGGAGACAGCAACAAUGUUGUCGGGCUCACAGGAGAUUCGCUGCUUCUUUCGAGAGCGAGGUGUGACGGAGCCCGUCGUCAAUGUCAUUGCCAAAAUGUUCCUUUCAAUGGAGGAAUUGAUGGCAAUUCCUCGUGAAGCGCUUGACGAGAGACUAAGGAAAGAAGGCGUGUCUGCCAAUAAUCGGCAGUAUGUUUGGGCCGCAUUGCACCCAAGCGAAAAGACAACUUCUGAAAAGGACGUUCCUGAAAUGAGUGAGCUACGCAACUUCAUCCACUCUAAUUCCAUCCACAAUAACAUGUCUCAGGAGGGAGACGAUGAGAAUGCAACGGCUAAAGGUGGUCGCACUGGCAAAACGAUGCUCCAAGUACCUCAACCUAGAACGUCUCAGGGUAAACCACCACAGUCAGGAAAGGUAGGGGAAUAUUACGCGGUUAUUUGGGUCUCUUUGGUUCGUGCAUGGCAACUUCAAACUGUGCUUGGGGAGUUGUCCAAGUACGGCAAGGUGCUGCAGCAUGGAACAUCUUCUCGUAGGCGCGAUCUGGUUUACUUCAAGUUGGGUGAGCACAAGAAUGAACUUCAGAUGGUGCGAAAAAUAGGGGGCGCUGUUGUGGAAGACUACUAUCGUGUGUCUCCAGGGGACGUAGAUGACGGCGCCCCGCCAACGCCGACGGGACGUUCCGAGGAGGCUGAUGACAAUGGUUCCAGUAAAAUCGUCGGCCAGAAGGCUGGCGCUGGGCUGCAGCCUUACCCGCAGCAUCCUCAGCAACCCUCCGCGAACCGUGGCGAGUACGGGGUGGCGGACGAGGAAGACAUGGAUGGGGACGAAGGCCGAACUCACCGCAAGGGGAGUGGGGUGCGGCACACUAGAGGGCGGGGUCGCGGUGGGCAUCACGGCUACCAUCAUCAUCGACACUCAGAAGGAAGCCACCAGACAAUCUGCAAAUUCUUCAGUAAAGGGACGUGUAAGUACGGUGAUCGUUGUCAGUUUUUCCACCCGGCGAAGCAUGCGAGUCGGUCGUGA